AUGCGACCUUGGGCUCGAGCUUGCGUUGAAACUAGAGAUAGUGGUGCUUUCAAGAAGAGCUGCUGGGAGACAGCGUCUCAGCAGCCGCGCCCGCCCACGCGUUUCACUAUGAGCCUCAGCAGCCCUCGUGAAGGACGAUUCUCCUGGCCUUUGACCAAAGCGAAGGCAACGCUCGAGGCCACAACGAGCCUCAGGAAUUUGCCCACCUCGCCGAUCUCCAUGCGCAGACGUUCUUCCGACGUGGCGACGAAGUCCUGCCCGAUUGCUCCAGUUACAGCCAGGGAGUCCACAACCCACCUCCGCCGGAACAGCGCUUCAGCGGCGUUGGAGACGCCGCGGCCGACACCGUGUGCGUUUGCUACAGAGAGUUACAAGGAUGCGCAGGCGGCUGGUUUGAGCCACUUGCGUAACACAGCACGAUGCCGGAGCAAGAUGGUGGUUCCGGAGCCACUCGGAGAAGUUCCACCCUGGGCAGCCGAUGUGGCUCCACAGUCGAGGAGAUGGAGCUGCGACAGCUCCAAGAGAGCCUAUCAGAGUCAGGUGAUGGCCUCCCCCACGUCCUCCGUGGCAUCAACGCGAACACCGAGUCCUGGGAUGCCGCAGGCCGUUGGGCCUGUCGCGAUGUGGGCCGAACGUGUUCGACGAGCAGAGCAGGCGAUGCUCCAGAAAGACUUAACCAUUGAAUGCCUGGAGGAGCGUGUCCGUCAGCUGGAGCAGAGCAACAAGAGAGGCAGCCAGAGCAGCAGCACGAGCAGCUCUCUCACAUCUAUUCGAGGACAGAUGCCAUAUCAGGGAGACGAUGAAGCCUCCGAUGCAGGAAGCUUGAAUGCCGAGAUGGAUGCAGCCGUCGCCAAGAGCGAAGCACUGCUCCGGAGGAUGUCGGCACUCGAUUACUCAGCAGAGCCAGAGCUGCAGUGGGCGGCGAUGAUGGCAGCACACGAGGAGAGCAAGGAGAAGCUAUCGCAGAUUGAACAGUUGGUUCAGCGCCGGAUUGAGCAGCUGAAACCAGGGGAUCGUGAGCUGAAGAUUUGUCGGGCUGUACGUGGCGUUUGCGUUUCGUCCCAGAGAUCCGUGCCUAGGAAGUGGGGCCGCAGCCGCUGA